UGAUAUAUUUUCAGAUCAAGUGCACUAAUCUACCUGAGAGCUGAUGAAAGCAGGAGCUUGCAGUGCCUCUGUAUCGCUCUCUUCAGGUAGAGAUGAAGCGAAGACUUGUGCUGCAUUCGACUAAAGGUCAUAUCUCAUAAUUCCUGGCCUCCGACUGGGAAAAAACAGCCCUGUUCAGGAUCUGGGGGACCGUCUCUUUAGCUCAGAGUUCAGGAAGUGACGUCAAAUCAAAAUGGCUGCUCACAGCAUGAACAGUAAUUUAUAACACUGACUCUACAGUUCACUGUUUUGAGGAAGUAAACACACAUCACUCAGCACCGUUAGCACCAUUAGCUGGCUAGCUUGUUGCUAAUAAAAGACAAACAUGGAAACGUCUAUGUUUUUUCCCCGACUUUGUAGCUUGACCCCACGGAGGUUGAAAAAACAUCAGAGUCAUUACAAGUGAUAUUUUAUUUAGGGUUCGAUGGCGUGAGCAGCCAUGAUGACAUGACGUCAUACGCGUAACUCCGGGGUGAAGACGCAUUCCAGACUUUCCACGUAGGAAUGCAAAGUUGAUGGUUGUUGUUUUUUUUAAAGUUUUAGUCAAAUACAGCAGCAAUUCCACUGGCAUCGCUGUGAGCAGGUAGUCGAACGGCAUUGUGGGUAAUGUGGGGAAAAAAACGGUAAUGAAAUUGAAAAUUGGCUAAUGUUCUUUUCAUGAAAGGAGCGAUAAAUAUUUGUCAUGCAAAACAGCUUCAGGCAUUUGGUUAACACAUCAGGAGCUGGGUUUUUUUUUGUUUGUUUUGAUCUAUGGAUUUCUCAAAUUGCCGUUUCGGUGUGUGUUGAAGCCAGCCGCUCGGUUUCUCUUAUCGUCGUGAUGACUCCGGUUUUACAUGACCGUGUUAUGCGGUCUCGUCCUUGAUUUGCACAGAUGUCAGUUUGAAAUGGUUCAUCAGAAAAUUGUUCGUUUUCGUACAGACAGAUUUUGAGCGGCGUGUGGCGUAUAUUGUGUAGCAGGAAUAUUACACACCGUUUGUGUUUGCUUCAUAUCUACUGAACAUGAUUGCAUGUGGAAGAGAGUCAGUGUGUUCCUCGUUUCGACGACUGAUCAAAACAGCGUCCAUCCUGAUUUUAUGAUUUAUUAUUUUAGAGCUGUAGGUUAACCCUUUGAGCAGGCAGCUCAAAAAGUUGCUAGAAAAGUUGCAGUUGUAGUAGUACAUACAAAGCAUGAGCCAAUAUUCUUCAUUAUUCAAAUAUUUGAGGAAGUUAAACUAAAACAAGUAAUAAAUUAUAUCAUUUUGAUGAGGGGAGUUACCCUAUGGUAACAGCUACAAGCAGCGAUUAAGGGGUCCAAGCACUUUUUUGCCCCUACUUUUUUACCAGUGAAGGAAGAGCAGAAGGCUUUGGGACCAUCAAAGCUUGUUCACAAGGAGAAGUGCUCAAUCCGAUGACAAUACAUCAAGCCAUUACUGAGAUAUUCUCUCACUUCCUGUUUUCAUUAGCCCUAAUAAAUGACCUCAAAGCUUCGCUGUUUUACAUCAGGUCAUGUUGCAAACCUGCUGUGUAGGGAGCUGAGAGCGUCGUCUAUCACUGUGCCACAUUUAAAUUUUCACGAGCUGCCGUAGACGUGAAAAACACAUCAAAUCCCCUAAUUGUUCUUUCUUAGAUAUUUUUGAGAAUGACAUUUCUGCAACAAUCUCUUAAACUGUCAGUCUUCAUCACAUUGUCGUUAUAAGCUGAGAGAUAGAGAGCCUGCGAGGAAAGCUGGUGUACUGACCCCCCAAAAAAAAAAAAAAAGUUAACAAGCAUGGCACUUUGGGAUAGAAACAUGGUAUUCGUAGCAGCAGAAGUAGCAAUGUAAUGUAGCGUAGCAUGUGAAAAAUCGCAGCCAGAUUGCACUCAGAACCGGAGGAGCUGUAGUGUGACUUGGAGCGAGUCCAGAGGGACCAGGUUGUGAAAUUUUUGGCCAGUUGCAGCUGGAUAGAAAAGACAUGAGAACAGAUUGGGGGAAAACCGUGACAACCCUACUUUAGAGUAUUAUAUAGUAGCAUAAGACGUUUCGCUCUUAAGUGCAUCAAGUGUUUAUGCUAAAAACGUCACAAACAUGGGGAUAUUGGAAAAAGACUUUAAUAAUGUCUGUUAUAAAUAAAGUGCAAAUUAAAACAUCAUCACCGUGAUCCAUAAACAUACGUCUCAGAAGAUAAUUGGUGUAAGAUUCUUCUUCUUGAGCACCAGGGCACAAAACACUGAGACACGCACAAAGUUCUUUGUUUGCUGUAUUGCGCAGGAUAAAUCUCGGAGCGUGCGUAACGAUAUCGUCUCAGUCUACAGCCCUGCUAUGAGUUACAUAUUAAAUCGAUGAGGACUUUGCACAAGGCUCAUCACUUUGGACGAGACAGCGUUGCGUGUACACGUCUUGGAGAAGACGCGUCCGACGUUCUGAUCUCCAGAUUAGAGGUUUAAGGUUUGUGAAAGGCAGGUGCUCUGAGCCCCUGUCUCUCUCUCUCUCUCUCUCUCUCUCUCUCUCUCUUUUUGUCUCUCUCCUUUUCUAAGAGCUCUACAUGGCGCUCCUCAGCCGCCACCUGACUCUCUCCCUUCAGCGGAACCUGCGCCUUGUGACUCCAGGCUGCAGAUAUGUCAGUCAGACAGCUACGAAGACUGUGUCCGAGUUUGAAUACGACGCUCCGUCCAUGAAGACUCCUGUUCCAGGGCCCAGGUCAAAGGAGCUGACAAGACAGCUGGGAGAAAUUCAGAACGUGGGCGCGAUUAAUUUCUUCUGUAACUACGAGGAGAGUCGGGGAAACUACCUGGUGGAUGCUGAUGGCAACCGAAUGCUGGAUCUGUACACACAGAUCUCCUCCAUUCCUCUGGGUUAUAAUCAUCCAGCUUUGAUGAAAGCACUCGCCAAUCCCAACAAUCUGAGUGCAUUUGUCAACCGGCCAGCCCUUGGAAUUCUGCCACCUGAGAAUUUUCCUGAAAAGCUGACUGAAAGUCUGCUUUCGAUCGCUCCCAGUGGAAUGACCCGGGUGCAGACCAUGGCGUGCGGCUCCUGCUCCAACGAGAACGCCUUCAAGGCUAUGUUCAUCUGGUACAAAAACAAAGAGAGAGGCACCAAUGAUCCUUCACCAGAGGAAACGAGCUCCUGUAUGAUUAACCAGAGACCUGGAUGUCCAGAUCUGAGCAUCCUGUCCUUCAUGGGAGCGUUUCACGGCAGAACUAUGGGUUGCUUGGCCACGACACACUCCAAAAUCAUUCACAAGCUGGACAUCCCGUCGUUCGACUGGCCCAUCGCGCCCUUCCCCAGGCUCAAGUAUCCGCUGGAGGAGUUUGUUCGAGAGAACGCCCAAGAGGAGGCUCGCUGUCUCGAGGAGGUGGAGGAUCUGAUCGUGAAGUGGAGGCAGAAGGGCAAACCCGUGGCAGGUAUCGUCGUCGAGCCCAUCCAGUCGGAGGGAGGAGACAACCACGCAUCACCCGACUUCUUCAUCAAACUGCGCAGCGUCGCUCGCAAGCAUGGAUGCGCUUUCCUCGUGGAUGAGGUUCAAACAGGGGGCGGAGCCACCGGAAAGUUCUGGGCCCACGAGCACUGGGGCACGGACGACUCCGCCGAUCUCGUCUCCUUCAGCAAGAAGAUGCUCACAGGAGGCUACUACCACAGAGACGAGCUGCAGCCUGAUAAGGGUUACAGAAUCUUCAACACGUGGAUGGGAGACCCGUCGAAGAACCUGCUCCUCUCCGAGGUGCUGAACGUCAUCAGAAGAGAGAACCUUCUGGAAGAAGUGACUCGCUCUGGGAAGGCUUUGCUGCAGGGACUUUAUGAGCUGCAGUCUCGGUAUCCUCACCUGCUAAGUCGAGCUCGUGGUCAGGGCACCUUCUGCGCCGUCGAUGCCCGUGAUGAUGUCACCAGGGACAACCUUCUGCUCAAAAUCAGAGACAAGGGCGUUCUCCUGGGCGGCUGCGGCGAAAAAUCCAUCCGCUUCCGUCCCGCUCUCGUCUUCAAAGAGUACCACGCUCAUCAGUUCCUCAACAUCUUCAACGACGUGCUUUCCGAGUACAAAUAAAGAGUCGUGGAGCUUCAAGAAGCAGAGGAGAACAAGCACAAUGGUCCAAACCCCCCGAAGCAGGCGGUUCCUCCCCUUCACAGUCUCCCACUCACCUUUUUUUCUUUUUUUCUAACCUUCUACUUCACUUUUUAAUUAUUUGUUUAAUUUCAGUCACUAUAUCUCUCAAUGUAAAGAGCACAAUGAGAUCCGGAGUAUUACCGUGGAUCAGUAUCAGUACACUCAAGUUUCAUUUACAAAAACACGUGUGGUCCUAGGGAUUGAUGCGCCAGUCGUCAGCGUUAAAGGAGUAAAUCACACAGUUGUCUGUUUUAUAUGUAAAGAUUUUUUUAAAGCAGCACGAUGGUUGGAUAAACACACACACACACACACACACACACAUUUAUAUAUAGGUUCAGCAGGAGCUCAUUUCUGGGCCAGAAAAUUGUAAAUAAAAGAAAUUCUAUUAUUAUUAUUAUUAUCAGAAGUAUAAAACCACUAAAAUUACAAACUGCACCUUUACAUGAUGAUGGAUUUCCUCAGUUUCAGAGUCAGACUUAAGCACAUGAAUAAGCUGUAAAUCCAGGACAAGCUCGAUUAUAACCCCUCUCCUACCUCAGAGCAAAGCGAGGCUCUGUAAACGCUAAGAAGCCCUCAUGUAAAAAUUCAGAGCUUGUUAAACUGAUGGGGCGACGCAGAAGAAUCCGAAUGAGUCACUGUGAUUAUUAGGUGUGUAUCAUUUCAUUGUUAUGGUUUUUGUAUUUUUUUUUUGACUUAUUGCCAGCUAUUGAAUGACUUUAUAAAUGGUCAGGCUUUCCCACAAUGCUUUACUUUAGCACAGGAAGCUCUUAAUCAAACACUCUCACACACAGCUCAUGAGAGGAAUUGAACUUCGCAUGAAAAUAUUUCUCACAUAUUUUCUAAACACAAAUGAAAGACGGUUCUCUCUCGUUCUCUCCGUAGGGUAUUCUCGCUGUAGGUAUUUUAGAACCAGAGCUGAAAUAUCAGCACGGCCGUGUGGUUUACCCUAACUCUAAUCCUGGAGUAUUUUAUAGGGAAUAAAAUGUCACGGAAUCCUUCGAGAUAGCCAAAUACGCCAGCUGUGAUGAGCUGUUCAGGCUACUACUGGCUCUAAUACCUCACACUCAGUAUCAUAUCAGUAUUAACACAAUAUUUUAUUGUAGUCAGCUAGAUAACAGGCCUUUCCUGAGUUCACGCAGGGGCUGUAAGGUGCGUUUCCAUCGUCAUCCAGGAACCUUUUGAGGAACUAAAGAGUUGACGAGCAACAAAGCGAACGUGCAAGAGGCUGAGACUGAACUUGCUGUGGUGUUGUGUAUGUUGUUUUGAAUGUUAAUGAGAGUGUUAAAUUAGCUACACACGGACAAAGCACAAUUUCGCACAAAAAGCCUUUUUAGAUUUGUGUGACGAGCCACUAGAAGCAUACAAACACACAGAGUCGGCCAUUUUGUAAAGCAUACACAUGUCCAAAUAAGGAUCCGACACUCUGUGUUUGGGGGGAAAAAAGAUAUUAAACUGUACCAUUGCUUGUCAAUGGAGUGGUAUUCUUCAUUUUUGGUCUUUCAUCCACCAGGGAAAGUGAAGUGUGCCUUUUUUUAUUAAUUUAAUAAAUAAUUAGAUCUUUAACUUAGCUGUAGUACUUUAAAUAAGAUUUAAACGUACAUUAUAGAUGAAGGAUCCAUAGUAUCCAUACUGAAGGUAUGAAAGGCCUAGCUGUACAAACAGUGGUACAGUUUCAUGCUCUUUUUUUUUUCCCUCCUAAGAAUGUACAGCAAGUUCUCUAAUAAUAAUUCAGCCUUGUUUGUUUACAUUGGAAACAUUCCUUGGAGGGAAAAAAAAAAAAAAAAAAAAAAAAGAGUUCAGGGGCAAGAAAAGUUCCUGUAACAGAAAGGUGGUUUUAGAGUGCGGAAAACACUACAGUGUGCACACCACAUGUGGACUCCAGGAUCAUGGUCACACACCACACUUCUUUAAGCUCAAGCGAAUGAUCUCCUAAACCAAAAAAUAGGUAUUUUAACGUUGAAUCCGUGUACCAGGGGUUAAUCUUCGACCAGAAAUCCGGCUCAUGUUCUCCUGCGAUUCGCCCUAAAGCCAAACUGCUCAGUGUCUUAACUUUGUGCCCGUAUGUUUUAGGGACUUGCUCGUAUUAUUAUUAUUUUUUAAGAGAAUAAAAAAGCACGAUACAGAUACAGACGACAGAACACCAUUCAGACAUAAUUCUCUCCCCUCCAGUUUUUUUUUUUUGAAAUUUAAAACUGCUAUUCAUCAACCUUUUUCAUCAGUCACUAAAGCGCAUCAGUGAGACAUUAACGUCUUCUUAACUACAUGUGUAGAUUAUUUUUCAGAUAAAUGUUGGUAAUGCUGUACAGUGUCCCGUUUGUCCAUGUAAAGUAUUAUGAAGGUAGUUAAAAAAUUUCUUUUUCUUUUGUUAAUAUAGUGGACAGAUGGAGUGUACAGAUGUAGAAAAUGCGUAAAACUGUUCAGAUAGAGAAAAAGAAAAUCCCAAUAUAUGCGAUGACUCUGUGCCCGUCUGUUUUUGGCCGAGUAAGUAUCGUAUAGAGUUGUGAAUUAUGUUAACCACUAACGACAAUUAGAAAAAGAUCAUUGCCAUGUUUGUUUACACUACUGUGUGAAAUAGGUUAUAAAAUUAAUUAUUCCCUGGUUAAAUAUUGUCUAAGCAAUAUAAAUGUACUCAGAAAUAAAUCUGACAUUUUUUGACUUUGA